UUAAUAAUAAUUUAUUGACAAUGACAAGUAGUAGCAUAUUUAUCUUAUCAAUACAGAUUCCACUUAUACUUCUCAAACCAAGGUUGGCUUCAUUUUUCUUAAGUAUAUUCGAAAUAUCAAUCAAGAAAGUACCAUUACACAUGAAAUCACAGAUAUAAGACUGGUAGAAUGCAGUGUAUUCAUAGUUUUAGAAUUUUCUGUUAUUUUUUACUGUUUGUGCAUUUUAUUGUGUUAUCCAAUGCAGCUUCUAUUGAUAGAAGUAUUGGUAAUGAAAGUUUUGUAUUUGAAAGGGGAAUAGGGUUCCAAACCACGGACAAGCUCAUUCUCCAAGCUGGAUAUCAUGCUGAAACACACCAAGUCACAACGAAAGAUGGUUUUGUGAUAACAUUUUUCAGGAUUUUGAAAAAUGAAGAUGAAUUCAAUGAUAUCAGUUCUAGAGAGAAUGCAAAACACAGAAAGACUAUUGUUCUUCAACAUGGAAUGCUGUGCAGCUCUUCAGAUUGGGUAUUUGCUGGACCAAAACGUAGCCUAGGAUUCGUGUUAGCAGAUUUAGGGCAUGAUGUUUGGUUAACUAAUGUUCGUGGUAAUAUUUACGGCAGAAAUACUACAGAUGAAAAAGUUUCAUGGGAUUUCAGUUUUCAUGAAAUGGGAAAAUACGACCUACCUGCUCAGAUUGAUUAUAUUCUGGAUAAAACUCGAGCAGAGAAAUUAUAUUACAUUGGAUACAGUAUGGGAACAACCGCGUUUUAUACAAUGAUGUCGAUCAAACCAAAAUAUAAUUCGAAAUUUAAAGGUAUGAUAAGUCUGGCACCAAUAUCGUUCCUGAAUAAUGUCAAAGGAAUUAUGAUUCGUGUCAUAAAAUAUUUCAGCAGUUUCAUCACUUCUGUCCUGAAGCUAUUCAAUAUUCGUAUUGUUUUCAAGCAUCCAAUUACCUUUAAUAAUAACAACAUCUGUGAUUAUCCAAUUAUUGAAAAAAUCUGUGUAGCUUUCAUCAGUUCAAUUUGUGGAUUCGAUGGUGGACAGUAUGAUAAGGAGAUGGUUUCACGGUAUUUGGCCAUCACACCAGUCGGAACUUCCUGGAAAGUUGCUCAACAUUAUUUCCAACUUAUGGAAAGUGGAGCUUUUCGUCAAUUUGACUAUGGAUCACCCAAAAAUCAACGAUUAUAUGGACAAGAAGUGCCACCUGACUAUGAUCUAGAAAAAUUCAAGGUGACAGUAGCUUUGAUACAAGGAAAAAAUGACUAUCUCUCUGUAUUUGAGAAUGAAUUGAUAGCCGAAGCUGGAUAUAAUUUUGAAAUUCAUAAUGUCACAACAAACGACGGUUUUAUAAUAAAUAUUUUCCGAAUAUUACCAAAAAGCACAGAGGAUCGCAAAAAAGAAAGACCUGUUGUAAUUAUCCAACAUGGAAUCAUGUGCAGCUCAUCAGAUUGGGUUUAUCUCGGCAAGGAGCGUGGUCUUGGAUUUGCUCUUACAGAUUUAGGCUAUGACGUUUGGUUGUCGAAUUUUCGUGGUAACCUCUAUGGAAGGAGCACUGUUAACGCCUCUGUUUCAUUUGAUUAUAGCUUCCAUGAAGUAUCCCAGUACGAUCUGCCUGCUAUAAUUGACUUCAUACUGAAAAACACUGGUUCGAAUAAAUUGACCUACAUCGGUCAUAGUAUGGGUACCACUGCUUUCUACGUUCUGAUGGCCACAAAACCCGAGUAUAAUUCGAAAGUAACUGGAAUGAUAAGCCUGUCACCAGUGUCCUUCAUGAAGCAUGUCAGAGGAGUUACAAUCCGAGUCGUUAAAAUAUUGAGUAGUAUUAUAGCUAUGAUACUGAAACUGUACAGAGUGAAAAUUUUAUUGCCAGAGCCCACCUCCGUGUUUGGUCGUAACUUCUAUGAAAUUCCGAUAAUAGGAUGGAUUUCCUACUUCGUUUUGGGUACUUUAGGUGGACACAAUAAGGGACAGUAUGAUGCGGAUUCAGUUACCCGUUACUUUAAAAUAACUCCUACAGGAACCGCCUUCAAAGUCAUGCAGCAUUACUUUCAAUUCAUGGAUAGUGGCAGAUUCUGCCAGUAUGAUUAUGGCGAAUCGAGAAAUGAAGAGUUAUAUGGACAGGCUACUCCUCCUGACUAUAAUCUGAAAAAUGUGAAAGUUCCAAUUAUUUUGAUUCAGGGGAAAAAUGAUUAUCUAACUGCACAAGAGGACGUUGAUACUUUGGAGAAAAGUCUUGAAGGAACAUCAGUUUCAAGAAUCUACAUAGAAGAUCCUAAUUUCACUCAUUUGGACUUUUUGUGGUCAAAAGACAUCAAAGAGCUGCUUCAUACAAAGAUUAUCAGUGCAUUGAAGACAUUCAAAUGAAUUCUAACUAUUAAUAUUAUGUAGAUGUUCCAAAUUUUUCCAAGAUUUCAGAAAUUCUGUUGGCGUCUCCCAAUCAGCGUAGAAGGUAUAUAUAUGAUUUGUACCCACUCGUAUGUGAAUGAAAUAGAUUAAUCAAUGAAAUUAAUAAAAACAAUAUAUUGUUCUUAUUAAUUUUAAUGAAGAAGCCCAUACGAUUGAAGUGCUUUUAUUAAUCAAUAAAUAUACAAGUAAAUUGCUUUAAAAUUUCAAAAAUACUUCAAGAUAGACCUAUUCAAAUUUUCUUAAGUUUUGGGAGAAUUCAAAAUCACACUGUCUUACUCUCAUUUUUUCCACCCUAUUGAACUAUAAUUGAGAAAAUAUAAUAAACUCAUUGUAUAGCCUA